GAACAUACUUCGCAGCGAAAUAAGUGUAUAUAUUCGGUGGUUAAUUGCAUUUGUGCUAGUUUAUAAAAAUCGUCCCUUUUUCUUGGUUACAAAUUAUUUUGACUUUAGAACUACUGGAUUGUGAAAAUGCGUUUCUUAAUAUUGAUUUCAUGCGCAAUAUGUGUGCGCGUUGUAACAUGUGCGCCUACACAACCGCCGGGCGUCAAUAACAGCAUGCAUCAUGAUUUGUCAUCAAAGAUUGGCUCCAUCAAUUCAGAAUUGGAUCUUCUAAGACACGAACAAUUACAAACUAAGCAAGAUCUUAAUCAGGCGAAAACAGAGACUCGAAGAAUACAAGAGAAUCUGAAUACUGCACUGGGUUAUCUCAAUAUGGUCAAGGACAGAAUCUCGCCAUCCUCCUUCUGGAAAGCGCCUUCAUUCGAUGUCGGAUUAUUAUACAAAGUUGUCGAGGUCAAGGAGACAUUUUUGGUAAAAAUUGAUUCGUCACCGCUUUCAUAUCAAGCCCCAACGCAACCGUCAACAACUCAGGAACCUACAACGCAGGCUUCAACAACUCAGGAACCUACAACGCAACUGUCAACAACUCAGGAACCGACAACGCAACCGCCAACAACCCAGGAACCUACAACGCAAUGGCCAACAACCCAGGAACCUACAACGCAAUGGCCAACAACCCAGGAACCGACAACGCAACCGCCAACAACCCAGGGACCAACAACGCAAUGGCCAACAACCCAGGGACCUACAACGCAAUGGCCAACAACCCAGGGACCAACAACGCAAUGGCCAACAACCCAGGGACCAACAACG